AUAUUAGUGGAGGCAGUGAGUGGUGUGGGCACAAAAUAUCAAAAUCCAUUCUCUGAUAUCUCUUCCAACUUGGCGUGUGUCUGUGAUGACUCAAUCGAUGUCGCACAAGCCUUUGGACUCGCGCCACACCACAGACUCCUGCUUGUUGCAGCUCCGCACCUGGAAACCCUUCAAGCUCCAGCAAGACGGGCCCCACCCCAAACCCUACUACCACAAACGCCCCUGCCUCUCCGAUCGCACAACCACCUCGUUUUCCCUCGACAUGUCCAAACUCACCCUCGCCGACGACGACAAUCACAAUCCCAACAACCGCGCCACCAAUUACCGCCUCGUCGCUCGCAAGAGGCGCCGCCGCGGCUCGCGAUCCGUGUCCGGCCGCAGCAGCGACCGGAGCGGGACGCGCCGGUGCUGCUCCGUGGGGGCCUCCGCCGCGUACGGCACCUGCUCCGAUUUCCCGGUGGCCAUGGGCACCGACUCCAGCGGGGAGCUCUUCGGCAACGGCGAUCCGAACUGGUCUUCGGACGUGAGCGAGGCGAAGAAUUCGAGGAGGGAGAGAGAGAGGGAUGGCGGGAGUGGCGAGAAGGAGAAUUUGGGCGUUGGGUUUGGGGUGAGUGGCUGUUCUGAAGCGAAUGGGAAUGAAUCGGGGUAUGGGAGCGAACCGGGUUAUCGCGGGGAUGCUGAGUUUGGAUAUGGGGAUGAGUUUGAUGAGGAAGAAGAUGAUCCCAGAUUGUUGUUCUGGGGUGACCAACUUGGAGCUGUAGAUUCUAAAAUGGAGAUGGUUGGGGAGAACACCUUGCUAGAUCAAAAAUCUCAUCAUAGAUGCCGUCGCAGGAAGCAUGAUUGUAGAAUGGUUGAUGCAUUAAGGUGAUUAUCGCAGAAAUCAGUGGACUAUGAACACAACGGAAUUCUAUCUUGCCUUGCAUAUUGGACGGACUGCCUGACCCAUUUGCCAAAUCAAUAUCCAAAGUAUUUUGGCGAGUAUGAAAAAUAUGAUGAUGUGGAUGAAUCAGCUUCGGUAUAUUUUGAUCCAAGUGUGAAGUGGUGUACUUACGAUAAUGAUUUCUGAAAAGGAAAAUAUGUGUACAAGAACGGACCUACAAGUAUUAGGCUUUGGUUAUUUGUUUUGGAUGGGUAGAACUUUUCAAUCUGAGUCAUACAGAUUUCAUAGGAAACAGUUGAAAAAAUAUCUUAAAACAUAAUCUCGCAUGCUGGGCUUGCGUUUAAAAAAUCUAUAUGUACUGACCUGCCAUUAAUCUUUCUGAGUUUUGAUUGCAAUCAGUUAUUCAUUGCAAGUUAAUUCCUGUUU